CAAUACCGUCCAUUCCCUGAGGACCCGCCGCCCCGCCUCCACCCAACCAUAAAAACUAAUCGAAGCCAGUUGCUCCCUCCCCUACGACUCCCUGACCCCCGCUCGCAGCCUCCUCCUCUUUAACCACAGCUUCAGCAACACCUACGACCUCUUCCCCCCUCCACUGCAACUAUUCCAAUGUCGUCCUACGAUUCUUCGGUGCCUUCAAUGGCACACAAUAUGACUGAACCUCGUUGUCUGGUUCGCCAGCGCCGAGCUCCUCCGCACCAGCACCCUCGAGCCCACCCCUAGAGGGAUCUCCUGGAUUAGGGGUGGCAAAUCGUGCGUGUUGUGUCGUUAUCGUGUCGACACAAUAACGACACGACACGUUAACAACAAACACCGCGUCAAGAAAAAUAACACGUAUUUUGGGGUUUUAUCGAAUUUACUGCUAUCUGCUUUCUAAUUCCGUUUUUUGUUGUUUCAUGUCGCGACAUUUUGUUUCAGAUUCGGCGUCGCGUAUUAUUGUGUCAUUGUUAGUGAAAUUAGUUUAAUAAUAUGGAUGAUUCGGUAUUCGAUGAUCGGGUGGUGAAUUUACCUGUUUUUCGAUGAUCGCGUGGUGAUUCGGUAUUCGAAAAUUGACAUAUUGUUUUGUUUGUUUUAGGUAAUAUUUUCAUUUAUUUUUGUAAAGACAACUAGUUAUUUGGGUGGUUCUUUCAGGAAUAUGCUUGCGGAUGAACUGAUCCUCAACGAUUUACUGUUUUUUCCAGCAAAUAUGUAGGCUUCUUUUAUGUAGAUUCCGUUGGAGUGCUUUGAGAAAUGUAAAACGAUGAAUAAGUUACAGUAUUUUGGGGAAGUUUUAGGUGCAAUUCUUAUUUAUGAUCUUUCAGGAUUCGACAUACCUGUAUAUUUUUGGGAAGUUUUUAGUGCAAUUCUUAUUUAUGAUCUUUCAGGAUUCGAUAUACCUGUAGUUCGAUCCAGAUUAGGCUCACUCCGCUGUUGAUGUUAUGUUUUUAGUGCAAUUCAUGUUUAUUAAUCCUUAUAUUCUGGCUUCCAAAUUACAUAUUCUCUGUAUUUCAUAGGCUUUUGAUAUUUGUUAAAGAAGAUAGGCGGCAAUGAGAUUCAAAACAAGGGAGGUGGUUUCAAGGAAGUUAUUGAUACCUUGCCCUUCUUCGCCACAAGAUGCAAAGUGUUUCGUAACUGGAGACAUUGUUGAGGUCUUCCAUCAAAAUUCUUGGAAGAUUGCUGUGGUCGUGAAUGUUCCAGGAGGCAAAAAAGAAAGUAGAAAUAAGAAGAACUAUCACAAUGUUUCAACAUGCAGGAAUCAAUAUUUAGUGAGGCUAGUUGGGUGCUCAAAGGAAGUGGCUAUUGAUAGAACAAAGCUCAGGAUGAGACAGAUAUGGCAUGAUGGGAAAUGGGUUCCAUCGACAAAGAUUCCUCAAGUAGGUGAUGAUUUAAUACUGAGCAAAUCAUCAAAGUCAAUUUUUUGUCUGAAGAUGAGUCCAGCAUUCAAUUCUAGAGUUAAAUAUCAACCUGGAGAAGAUUGUGGAAACUUCAAAGAUGAAGCUGCACCGAGGGAAUCCGUUGUGAUGUCUUCAAGAUCCUUAAAGAGGAUGUCCCCAUAUGUUUCCUCUGUUAUUGAAGCCAAUGACGUACAUGUACAAAAGUUUCAAACAGCUGACAAAGAAGGCCGGAGGCAGCGAGGGGUUGCUGACCGGGUACUCGACAAGUUACAUGCUGUUGCUUACCAAACGAAACUUUGGGUGAAACAUACAUGCAUGCUUCCCUUAACACUGUAACAAAUGGAUAUGAUCAAAUGGAGAGUUCUUUUGAAAUGAGUGGAGCAAAGCUCAAGUGCUCAUGCCAAAAAACUGGUGCACCAGCAAAAUAUUUCAUCUGAUGAUCAAGAGAUGCCAACUAUUGUUGUAUUCGAUCAUG